GUGAAUUAUUGUGAAUUAAUUUAUUGCUGGAUUAACCGAACAUUAUCUGCGAUGACACUUACAAGAACAUUUAAAAUUCGCUCUCCAUAUGGUAUAGAACCUUCGAUCAGAGCGCAGGUGAACAACAAUGAAAUAUAUUGUGCUGGCAUUAUUUGUUACGGCUGCUGUAGCGGCGCCCACUCCUGCGGCGAUCAGCGAGCCAGUUGAGCUAAUUGUCAAUGGAGUUGCUGAAGGUCAACCUUUAGACAUCGGAAAUAUCGUGGAUAUUAAGCUUAAAGAACACAAUAAUGGCGUUUUAGCGUCGAGUGUCGAUCUUCUUCAUCCUCUUACCGCUGAAGGCAUCGCUGAAGCUGCCGCUGCUGCUGAAGCUGCCGCCGCUGCCGAAGCUGCCCAGCAAGAAAUGAUACCUUCCCCUGUUCAAAUUGUCGAUCACAAUCCAGAUGUAGAUUCCGAAGUAAUUGCAGUAAUACCGAUUCCUGAAAAUUCGGAGUUGAGCCCUGAAGUAGUAGCACCGAUUGUGUUGCCGUCUCCGGGUGAGCCUGAAGUUGUCCCAUCUCCAGUUGAAUUGCUUCCUCCUUCGCCUCCGAUGGUUGUUGAGGAGAUUGAUCCCUCCCCUGUUGUCUUACCUGAGCCCGAGCCUCUACCAGAACCUGCGCCUCAAAUUCCGGACGGAGAAGUAUUCAAUAACGGUAUAGUACAAGUUCAAGUGAACGGUAUUGAAAACGCUGGUGUGUUUUCCACCAUCCAGUCUUGGUUCAGCAUGGUAGUCAAUUACAUCAGCAACGGUAUCCAGACGACUCAACAGAUUGUGUAAUAUAAUAUAACAUGAUAUAUCAAAAGAGACUCCCUAAAAAACCUUUUAAUAACACUCCAAGUUUGGGUGAGCAUUUAAAUAUAUAGAUAUUUUUUUUACUUUUGUUUUUUUUUUAUAUCUAUACCAAUAUUAUAAAGCUGAAGAGUUUGUUU